UGGCCGGCGUCAGCAGAGGCGAGGUCGUUUGUCCUCUUGAGGCGGCAAACACUUGCUGCUGCUGUUGUUGCUGUUGCUGUUGCUGUUGCUGUUGCUGCUGUUGGGGAUGCUGAUGAAGAGGAUGGGGAUGCUGUUGUUGGUGAAGUGCCGUCUGCGGAAGCGCGAUCUCGGCGGUUGGCUGUAGCCGUCGGCGAGGUCGACGUCGACGUCAACGGCGACGUCGACGGCGACGGCGACGGCGACGUGGUCGUGGCUCGAGUCCUCCGGCCGUGGCUGUGUCGGGCGAUGCGACGGUUCAACAGCCUUCGGCCCAGCCGGUCGACCGCAGGUGCCGAGACGGCGAGCUCGGAGGGUGAGGAGAGCGUUGAUUGGACGGAAUCGGCUCGUUUGCCUGGGCCGGACUCGUGGCAACUCGUCGGCCAUUGGACCAGGCGCGCAGCCGAGACCGGCCGCACUCGAGCUCGACGCGAGUCUACGCCGCGCCUCGGCGCUUCGUCCUCUGCUCCACUGCCCUCUGGCGCCUCGACGUCGACGUCGACGUCGACGUCGACGGAUGCGGCGGCGGAGGAGGAGGCGGCGGAGGCGGCGGCGGAGGCGGAGGUGACGGCGACGGCGACGGCGACGGCGAAGGCGACAGCGUCGGCGGCCGACCGACUGGCGGGGCGAAGCCAAUGGCCGGGCGGACGACCGGCCGGCGAGGCAUGUCGGCCGUGCAAACCCGCGACGGCGACGGCGACGGCUGGCGCCGGGACUCGAGCUCUGUCUGCCAGUCGAGCGUCGGAGCUCGCAGCCGCCACGCGUCACCCAGCCUCGGCCGCUCGCCCCCUCUCCGUCGGCGCAGCAGACGAGGCUGGUGCCGACGGCGACUCCGGUUUCUGUAUCAGUUUGUCUUUCUGUUUCGACUGCGGUUGCAGUUGCAGUUGCAGUUGUGGUUGUGGUCGCGGUCGAGGUUGUGGUUUCGGUUUCGGUUUCGGUUUUGGGUGGGCCCGAUGCGCCGAUGCGAGAGACUGGCGGCCAGAAGACGACACUUGGGCGUGCCUAGGUCCAGUGGCGACGGUGUCGGCUCGGCCAGGUCCUGGCGACGGAUGUGACCGAGGCAAGAAUGGGAAAUAG